AUGGUACUGAAGCAACCGGAAACGCCGAUCAAGCGCGAACGAAAUGAGGAUCACCUGCCGUGUAUCGAUGGUGAAGGAUGCUACCGGAAGUCGCUUCCGGUGCCACCACCGACGCAGCCAUCAAAGCGCUGGUCAGACGCACUUCCCUCAAACGAACGUGUUUUUUACCAUCAAACGCUCAGUUCGGCACGUCGAGCGGCGCACUUUUCAAACUAUGGAAACAUCCCAUUGGACUCGCUGGACAUUAAUUUGGCGUCCCAGUACAACCAUUCCGAUGAUCUGUUUCUCGGUAAGAAUGAUGUGGUGCUACAGGAAGAAACGCUUGGCCAUCGAACGUUUCGUCGGUUGCGAAACACACGCGAUCUAAGCCCGGAAAAGAUAAUCCGCCUGAAACAUCCGCUGCUCGUAGGCGGUUUACGCGAGAAGGUCUCACCGAACAGCGUGAAGCUGAUGAACACUGGGCCACAUACACCGCUCACAAAUCCUGGCUACUCGCGACAAACGGGAGACGGCAAUUUCUUUAACUAUUAA